AUGGAUCAUCCAGUCAAGGAGAUCAAGACCGUCAUCCGGGACCUGGUUCAGGGAUCCCCCGAGAAGCAGCAGAAUGCACUCUACUCCAACUUCACCGAGGACGCCUCCUUCACCCACCCAUUCUGCCAUGUACCGUCCUUUGGCACCAUCCAGAUCCCGUUCCUCUUUACUAUCAACUCGCGCUGGUUGGUCCUCAUGAUUUACCGCUGGUACCGCAUCUUGAGCCCUAAUAUCGAAAUGGAGAUUGAGUCUUCCGUCCAAGACCAAAAGACAAACCUGCUCUACGUCAAGAUGCGCCAAGACUUCCGCCUGUGGUUCGUCCCCUUCUACUCGGCCCCCGUCGACUUCGUCGUCGUCCUCCGUCUAGAAACACGCACAAUCGAUGCCAACGGCAACCCGCUGCCCCGCGGCUACGGCGAUUCCGCCUCCGUCGGCACCCGCCAGCGCCAAUUCAUCGUCAGCCAGGAGGAUCAUUACCAGGUCGGCGAGUGGCUCAAGUUCAUCGCCCCGUUCUUCGGGUACUGGGCCUGGCACGCCUGGACCCUCUUUGCGACGAUGCUGUGUGUUGUCGGCGCCUUCUUUGGAUAUCCCCUUACCUUGCUUUUCGGACAGAUGGCUGGACCCAACAGUAACGGUAACGGGCAGGAGAGUAAGCGGGAGUAG